UGCUCGGGACAGAGCCGUGUGGCGCGCGGAGCAGACAGGCGGUAACACUCGGGACCUGAACAGUGGGAAGUUUUCGCCAAAAAGGAUUCUCUAAAACUCAAUCACCUUCAUGUCGACGCUGUUGGAUACACACCCGCCGAUGCUAUGGUUACCUUUAUUACGGUCUUACAGGUGAAUCUAGUGAUGUCGAUCCUGCUCUAUGUUAUGGUCCUCGUGUACCUCUAUGGCAUCCAGGCGACCACCAUGGACCACAACAGCCGCAGACAACAGGAGCAGCCUCAGCAGCCCAGCGCCGACCCCCUCAACUCCCUCAUCAUUCAACUUCUCCAGGCCGACCUCACCCGCGGCAAAUCCAAAACACACCAGGACCAACAGGACGGGAGCAGGAACCCCGAAAUCCAUGACAUCCAGGAUACUUUACCGCCUUUACCCCCUAAUCUUUCACUAGGGGGCGACAGCAUGGAUGAGCAAUGGGACACAGAGGAUGUAUUGAACCAAAACGUUAUGGUGGUGCAUUCGGAGCUACUUCGGCAACAUAAAAGAUACCAUUCACCUCGUGUUUUGUUAAGCGAUCGGCCACCGUUGCAGCCUCCUCCGUUGUAUAUUUCGGAUGAUUUUGCUAGCGGAACGUCCGAAGGCGGGAACAGAACCAGGAAGAAACGUUACGCAGAGCAUCGGAGCUAUAGAGGGGAGUACUCAGUUUGUGAUAGCCAGAGUCGAUGGGUCACAGAUCGGACGGAGGCGGUGGAUGAUAGGGGGUCACUGGUUACCGUCCUGGCAAAAAUACGAACCAACGCCAGGGAGGAUAUUAAACAGUACUUUUAUGAAACGCGUUGUCAAAGUCCGCGGCCGUCCAAAGGGGGAUGCAGAGGAAUUGACAGCAAAAACUGGAAUUCACAAUGCAAGACAACGCAGACUUUUGUUAGGGCUUUGACUCAAGUUCGAAACGCAGUGGGGUGGAGGUGGAUACGCAUUGACACUUCAUGCGUUUGUGCGUUAUCGAGAAAACGACGUCGGACGUAAAAAAGAGUUAUUUCUAACCAUUGAACUUCUUGUAGGAUUUAAACUCCUAUUGGGAAUAUGUGUCAAAUUAAGGAUACUACGGAUGCUAAGGCCACAUUCCACUGCCACAUGCUGGGACAAGCUCCAGAACUUGUGGGGGCAAAUGUAAAUAUAUAAGUUAAUUAAAUUAUAUUAAAAAUGCAUGUAGAUUAUACAUGUUUAUCUAUCUAUAUAUGAUGUAUGAAUAUAUUUGUGUUAUUUAUUGAAAAAAGAAAUGUCUAAAUGUCUAUAAAACAAGCUCUACUCAAACAGAGGUGCUUCACAGUGACUUGUGCCUUGACCAGUGGCUGAAAUUGCACUGGUUUCAAUUAUUAAGAAGCAGGGCAAAAACAUACAAAAUAUUACUAAGUGUCCAUUAUAGAGAAAAGGCCUGGGACAAUGGUGAAGAAGGUUGUAUGUUCUUUGGUCUAAACUACAGUGUCAUACCUCAGUGUCAUGUUGUUAGUUGAAAAGUAUUUUGGUGAGAGAGAAGGCCCUGUUUGCACAACAACAUGUUUUAAUAAUGAUUUGGAGUUCAUUCACACAAUAGUUAAAUGUAAGGUUUGAAGAUUUAGUUGUAAUGUUGUUGAUUCAUGCAAGGAAGAUACAAAUAUUUAAUAGUAUGCCAGAACAGAACUCAUUCAAGUUUAAUUUUCAUGGAAUAAAUUGAAUUGUCACCAGCUCUCUUAAUUCAGAUCAGAUUUGAUUCUUUGAUGAGGAAAAAUAAUUUACAUCUCUAUAAACAUCACCCAGAUGCUGGAUUUUUUACUUCAAUCAGUCCACUAAUAUUUAACAGCCUUCAACUUCUUA